UUUGGCCAAUCCUCCACCCGUACUUCUGGCGGGCAAAGCAAAACAUAAACAACAGAAACGUGUGGUGAAAAUGGAGCAAAAAGACGACAAUUUCAGCGAAGAAACCGAGGAUGAAACUAAGAAUCAGAAAAUAAGUAAAGCUCAAAAAACGUCAAGUAAAAAGUCUAAAUCUCAAACCGGGAGUAGUACGACGACGGACCACGAAGUAGAAGCUCGAUUUAGCCGAAUAAAACUCUUCGAGAAAGUGAUGCAAAAAAGCUUGGAGAAUUUUGUUGAACUUGCCAGUUUUAACAGAUUCACUAGUACCUUUCGGCCACUUUACAAGAAAAACCCACAGCGUAUGGAAAACAUAUAUAAACAGUUUAUCGAAGAACUGAAGGGAGCCAUUCAGGAUGACAUUAUCAGAUUAAUUGAAGAAGGAGGCUUAGAGACUAAACUCAAUGAACUGGAUAAACUGGAGAAUGCUGCCAAGAGUAAAACAGAUCCUGCAUGGCGUCCCUCUGGUGUACCUGAACAGGACCUUUGCAGUUUUCUGAUGCCGUACUAUCAAAAACAGGAAGCCUACAUGAAACUAGAGCUUAAAAAAAUCCAAGCUGAAAAUGUUGCCCUAGCAGAAAAAGUCCUGGCAGGGAGAGAGCUUCUUUGUCAGACUGACCACCAUAUUUCAGCAGCUGUGGAAGACUUGAAGGUAUCUGUGACAGAUUUUGAAAAACUGGCAUCUGCCCUCAGUCCUAAUGUUGAUGUGUAAAGUUCAUUCUGUGAAUUGUAAUGCAAUGUAAAUCUGUGUUUGUUGAUUUUACUUUUGCUUUCAUGCAAAUAAAUAUUUCUCCUGCUCCAACAUUA